AUGAGAUCCGUAUCAAUUAAAAUCUCGCAGCCCGCUGAGGCUGGAGUUACGCAGACGCAGAAGUGGUCUGGCUUGGAGCGCACAAGUGGGGGGAGUGGCGUCGCGCUGAUGCCUCUAUGCAAGAAACAGUGCCGAGUGUCGAGUGUCGAGUGGCGAGUGGCGAGUGGCGAGUGUCGAGUGGCGAGUGGCGAGGCGACUAACGGCACAGACCGGUCCCCGCAGCCUCCUCCCGACGCCGCGGAC